AAGUGCUAUGGCUCAAAAACCCAUAGCCGUUGCAAUCGCCUCUGUUGGCUGCAAACUUUAGUCGUUGAUGUAGACCUUCCCUUGCCAUGCGCUUGCUGGCCAAGCCGCAGGUCCUCCUGUGGCUAUGGUUCGUUGUGGGUCAUCAUGCCGAGCGACCAUCGAGGAUAUCAGGAGUUUUGAGCGCAGAUGAUGAGGCAACAUACCAGAACCACAUCCAAGAUUAUGAAAUGGACCCUGACCCAGACGAAGGUGAUGAAGACAUUGAUAUUUCAGGACAUGGGAAGCGCCAUUCAGGGUCAGGCCAAGAAGCUCAAGUGCCACGCUUGAACCUGAAAGGGAACACCUUCAAUUUCAACGAUGACACGCAGGUGCCAUGGCUGGAUGUGAAGCGCAGCAGUCAGCAUGGACGUCGCGACCUCCCAGAUCAAAACACUCCUCGCGGGCCAGGAGGCAAGUUGAAGAGGCAGUGGAGCUCCAGCUUCGAUUUUUUUGGAGGAAGUAAAGGAUCGGGAACUUGGAGUGCAGAUGGGCCGCAGGUCGGGCGAGCCCGUCAUCGAAGGGGCAGCAGCAGGGGAGGCCAUGCACCAGAUGACCACUCCGUUGUGGUAGGAGGAGGUCCACGGGACCAAGAGGAUCUGCAUAAUGUGCUCCAUUAUUGUCGUCGCGACCACGCUGCCAUGGAGACCAUGCUGGAAGGACUUGGUCUUGAUUUCGAUGAAGAAGGAGAUUAUUGCGAAUGGCAUGAUGGCAUCAAGUGUGAAAAUGGAUGCGUGGUGGAAGUGAAUCUUAACGAGGAUACUGUUGAAGUUGGGCAUUUGCCACAUGAGAUACCGUCGGAUCUUUGUCAACAGCUUCGGGUGGUGAACAUUACCGCGCCGUUCCUGUCGGGAGACAUCAAGGUCUUCGCCUCCUGCACAAGUCUGACACAUUUGAUUCUUGCAGACACCCAAGUCACGGGGGACAUCAAGGUGUUUGAGGCCUUGUCGAAUUUGGAGGUUGUGGGGCUUCAACACACACGAGUCUUUGGCAACAUUCAGGUCUUCCAAGCCUCAAGGAAGUUGGAGGAGCUGAAUCUGCAAAGUACACAUGUUUCUGGUGACAUUCAGGCCUUUGAGGCCACUUGCAAGUUGAAGGUGCUUCACCUCGCAGCCACCCAAGUAUUUGGCAACAUUCGCGCCUUCGAGAAGACAAAGGAACUCCACCAGCUGGACUUGAGCUUGACCGAAGCUUUUGGAGACAUCCGAGCCUUCAACUCCACACCGGCGUUGGAAGACCUGGAUUUGAUGUUGACAUGGGUGGAUGGAGAUAUCAGUGUGUUUCAACAUACUGAACACCUGCAGUUCCUCGCUCUUAAAUCCACCAAUGUCAAGGGUGACAUUCAAGUUUUCACUUUCACAAAGAGCUUGAAGUAUGUAAUGCUUGGUGACACCUUCAUUGUUGGAGACAUUUGUGUCUUCAAGUCUAUUGACUUCGCUGGUUUAUGGUGCGUGGAAAUGGAGGAUACAGGCAUUGAUGGAAAUAUCUCAUUUUUGGGAGGAUUGCCACAGCUCGAGACAUUAAAUCUCGCCAAGACGCAGGUUUGGGGUGAUAUUGAGGUCUUCAAGCACACCAAACUCCUUUCCCGCCUUCAGUGCCACUCAACUCAGAUCAUGGGUGAGGUGCAAGUCUUUCGAGAGCAUUUGUAUUUGAAGUCUUUGGACCUGUCCUUCACUAAUGUCACUGGUGACGCCGAAGUGUUCUCAAGCAAGAGUGGCAUAACCACCUUGAAGCUUGCGUCCACUGGGGUGUCUGGCGAAAUUGGUGUUCUGGUGUCCGGCACAAUUCACAAUACUUUGAUGGUGCUCGAUCUCUCCUCCACGAAAGUCGUGGGAAACAUUUGGGUUUUCCAACACGCAAAGGCCUUGAACGAGCUUUACUUGGCAAACACGCAAGUAACUGGAAGCAUGGAUGGCAUCUUGCUUUGGAAGUAUGUUAAAGUCAUCGACCUCUCCCACACAAUGGUUCACGGGAGGCUCACUCAGCGCUGGCGUGGCUGCUGCAGGUGGCUGCGGAGUCUCAAGCUGUCGGGCAGUCAGGUGCAGUUUCUUCCUAAUGGUGAUGAUCGUGCCAACUUGAAGCGAUUGAAGGACGAAGAUCAAGUUCUAUUACCAGCGCUCACCACCCUGGAGGUCUCUGAUUGUCCAUUGAACGGGCCAGCGGAAGAUCUAUUCCUCCCACUGAGUUUAUGUCGGAACUUGGGCAGCGUUUUGGCGGCGGGGUCCGGGCUCACUGGUGAGCUGCCUACGUUCGACCCGUUGCCACCCAUUGAGUGUGAUGGUGUGAUAAGUCUGAACAUCCGUAGCCCCUUGGAAACUUCACUAGAAGUCUUGGACCUGUCGAGAAACAACCUGAGUUACAUCGCAGCAAUCCCGGCAGCCACACACACACUUGAGCUUUCUUCAAAUCAACAGCCACUACAUGUCGCCAAUAGUGCGGUGAUGAAAGCAUGCAAGAGAGGAGCUCUGAUUGACUUGCGUGGCAGCACGCCAACCGCAGACUUGGUGAAGGAGUUGAAAGGAAUGAUUGAAGAAGGGGCCGUGAACCAGACAUCCGAAAGAAUAGCUUUUCAUGCCGACAUGGGCUAUCGUUGCUAUGACCUCGACCGGAGCAGCACACACCUUGUGGUUACCGUGUCGCACUUUUUCCCCGAAUGGUGCACUUGCCUGGCAGGUUGGCAUGGCAGUGGGAUCAAUUGUGAGGAGUGUGAUGAGAACACAUUCAAUCCAAACGAGAGCGCGCUGACCUGCGCUCAAUGUCCUGCCAACACUACAAGCGGCAGACGCAAAAAAUCCGUUCACGAUUGUCAGUGCAAGGCCGGAGCCCUGCACGAAGUGGAUGGUGAAUGGAUUUGCGGCUGUCCCAAGGGAAAAGCACGCGACAACGAUUCCUGCCUACCAUGUCAAGACCUGCAUUUGAAUUGUUCCAGCCACUUGACCGCUGCAGAGUCAGCAGAGCCGCUUCAGGGUUUUGCUCGCUUAAAACUGAACGGCACAAAGGCAUACAAGUGCCUCUCCAGAGAUCGUUGUCCUGGUGCGAACGUCUCGGGCCUAGGCUGUGCGCCAGGCUAUGAGGGCCCGCUAUGCAUGGGUUGCAGUGAGACACACUUCGCAGCUGGAAGCUCAUGCUUUGAAUGUUCUGGUGGGCGUUUGCCACCAUGGCUUUUCACAGCCGGUCUUGUGGUGACACUCAUGGCCCUGUCAGUCGCUGGUGUGGUGGCAACCGCGUAUUUCGUCUAUUCCUGGCAUCCGGGCAAAUGGGUGGAAGAUUUGCUGGGCCCCUAUCGGCAGGUUGUUUUUGCAAAAGGUAUCCUGGGCACGUUGCAGGAGAAGUUGCUAAGAAACCAGGUGCCGAUUUUGCUUCAGAUGGGUCAACUUUGGGUUGUCCUGGCAGUGCUCUCAAGCAAUGGAGAGAAAGAAGACCCGAAUGCUUCAAGCCAGAGGUUUUGGGAGCUGCCCUAUCUCCAGACUGUCCAAUUUGCCAUAGGAAACUUGAGAGAGCUCUUGUACUUGCAAUGCUACCUUGGAGGUCGUGCAGUGAGAGUUGCUUUGGCUCUUAUCACCCCUGUGCUGCCGUUGAUUCUGCUGCUGUGUUGUUUGGGCAUGGAGUACUUCAGCCCUGGCUCAGGAGUCAACGCAGCGCUAAAAGUUCUCACAGUUUUCUUCAUCGGAGGGGCUUCAAAGUGCUCUGCCUUGCGAAGUUGCCAGCUCUUUGAUGCAGGAGGUGUUAAACUAGAACAGUUUGCCUUCCUGCGACAGUUGCCCGACAUUUGGUGCGACCAAAAUCUUCCAUGGAGUGAGUCGUCGCCGGAACAGAAAUUGGUGUCCUCAGUGUUUUGGCCAUGUGCAAUCUGCUACGGCAUUCUGAUCCCCUCCUUCCUUUUUACCCUUUAUGCACGGCAGCACGUGGUUUUGCGCUACAGCCGGGUUCCCUUGGAGCUCCAUGAGGGCCAUCAAGAGGAAACAUUAGCGGUAGGUGUGCAGGACAAGAUGCAGGAGCGCCGGGUGGUGGCUGCAGCAGUGGCCUACGUUGCCAUGCUGCAGGAAGGAUCAGUGAAAGUUCAACUGCGCGAUGGCAAGGGGAUUGUGACCUGUGUGGAGAAGCCCGACCGCACAACUUUUGAGCUCGAGGUGGAUGCCGUAAGUGCCCAUUUCAAGAAGGAGUCCGAGAAGGUCCGGCACCACAUGAUCACCGAGAUGCUGCUCGAGCAUUCCAUCCUUGAAGAGGUGGGCCGGAAUGAUCGAAUUCUGCAGGGUGCCAAAGAGACGCUGUUCAAAUAUGCCACCUUUCGGGACUUAUGGAUGGAGGUGGUGUUGAAAUUGGUGGCAGUAGCCUUGGUCAGGGUGGUCUCGACAGCCCAAGUGGCCCAAGCAGCCAACAGCAGCGAUGAGGACUUGUACUUCUUUUUGGACUUCUCUUUGGCAAAGGUUCUUGCCAUUACCCUCACAAUGGCUGGGACAGUGUGGAUGGUGCAUCCAUACGCGCAGCCACAGGUGAACGACCUUCAGUUCUGUUGCUUCCUAGGCCUUUCCAUCUCGGCCGUCGGCUUCAGCUUUCAGAUGGCUUGGCUGAGCCGUUUGGGACUGCUGGCACCUUUGCUGCUAGCUGCUGGGCAGGCCGUGCAGCCCGACAGCCCGGAGAGCUUGGCAUGCAGAUUGUGGGACAAGCUAACAGAGCCUGCAAAGGACGGAGACAAUGAUUUGGCAGAAGGGAUGCCGGCAAAGGCUGUAGAGGUUGAGGUACUGAGCCGCAGGCAAUCGGUUCCCGUUUGCUUCAGCCUCGAGCGACCCGCAGCUGGUGGACUUCCUCGCCGUGCCACACAUCUGUAGGAAGUAGGAAGGAGGCAAGAAGAGGCCGCAAG